GAUAAAGCAGCGGUAUUUAAAAAAUCAUCACUCUCUACAUCGAAUCCGAUGCAAGGGGCAAAAUUCAAAAGUUCUGAUCAUUAUAAUUCGCAAUCAUGCAUUGACAAUGCUAUAUCUAAAAUCAAAUCAUUUGAAGAUGGUGGUUCUAAAGCUGCAGAUAUCACAAACGCUCUGUUAUUUAUGGUCACAAAGGAUAAUAUGCCUUUAAAUACCAUUAACAAAGAGGAUUGUCAGUAUUUAUUAAAGCUUGUCGCUCCACUCUACAAGAUCCCAGGACGCCAGCAGUUCACAGACUUAAUAGAUAAAAAAAUACGAGCCCUCGUUUGCAAAAAAUUUCAUACAUUUGUUACAUCGAAUCCGAUGCAAGGGGCAAAAUUCAAAAGUUCUGAUCAUUAUAAUUCGCAAUCAUGCAUUGACAAUGCUAUAUCUAAAAUCAAAUCAUUUGAAGAUGGUGGUUCUAAAGCUGCAGAUAUCACAAACGCUCUGUUAUUUAUGGUCACAAAGGAUAAUAUGCCUUUAAAUACCAUUAACAAAGAGGAUUGUCAGUAUUUAUUAAAGCUUGUCGCUCCACUCUACAAGAUCCCAGGACGCCAGCAGUUCACAGACUUAAUAGAUAAAAAAAUACGAGGUCUUGUCACUUUUAAUCAAGCGAAAACUUGA